AUGCCUGGUAAGACCAUGAAAGCUUUCCGCCUGUUGGAGUACGGCAAGCCGGGGCAAUACUGCGAGGUUCCUGUCCCAUCACCCAAGGAGGGAGAGGUUCUCAUCCGCAUGAAGGCCGCCGGUCUCUGCCGCUCGGAUUUGGACAUGGUCGACUCGCAGCCAGGCUCAGAUCCGUACGCCUCGGCCGUCGAUGCACCAUACACCCUUGGUCACGAAAACGCGGGCGUCAUCGAGGUCCUUGGCGAAGGCGUCACGGAUCUCAAGGUCGGCGAAGGUGUUGCCGUCCGCCACAUGCCCCACUGUUCACACUGCGAAUUCUGCAUUCGUGGCGUGGAGCAACAUUGCGAGACAUACAAAAGGGGCGCCAUUGAGAUCAACCGCGGCACUGGAUGGGAUGGUGGCCUCGCCGAGUUCAUGAUCUGUCCCCGCGACCAACUUGUCAGCAUUGGGGACGAGGACCCCGUCAUAUACGCCCCGCUGACGGAUGCGGGUGUCACCGCCUACCACGCGUUCCUUCUUCUCCUGAUGGGCGUCAAAGUGUACGCCGUCGAUGUUAGUGACCACCGAUUGAAGAUUGCCGAUGAAUUAGGGGCCAAGCGGUCGUUCAAGGCUGGGCCGAACGCGGCAAAGGAGAUCUUGGAGGAGACCGGUGGAAAAGGCGUCGAUGGGAUCCUCGACUUUGUCGGCAGCAAUGAAAGUAUGGCUUUGGCAAUGAAGCUUUCCAGGCCUCAAGGCCGGGUUGUCUUGGUGGGAAUGGAUAUGGGCACGGUCGAGGUUGGUUGGAACAAGAUUGCCACUAGCUGUGAGUUUGCCAUCAGCUUGGGCUCGACUCGCAGGGAUCUCGAGGAAGUCUGCUAUCUUGCCUCGCACGGGAAGCUCAAGAUUGAUGUCGACAGCUUUCCUUUCGACAAGGUCCCCGAGGCGUACCAGGCGCUUCGAGACGGCAAACUCAAAGGAAGAGCCGUCAUCACUUUUGAUUAG